CUGAUCCACACCCAAUCCUCUCCACUCCAAGCCGUAACUGUGCCUCUUUCUGCAGAAUUUCCAAUCCAAAUAUAUAGGAGUCUGGUAGCUAGGAGCUGCUCCUUGUUUUCUUCCAGACUGUUCGCAAAGUUUGACAGAGUCUGAUUGGAAAAGCUGCUCAGCAAUUUAGCUUUUCAGGCAUUUACUGGAACUUGCUGCAUUUUUGUUCCAAAGCUCAGGAGCAGAUCUGCCUUAAUAAAAGGAAGAAUUAUGUAUAAGAUGGGACUCAGACACCUUGUUCUCCUGACACUGGCAGUGUUCCUCUGUACUUCAGCCCAAACAGAUAACAUUUCAGAUGAAGUUGAACUGGUAACACUUGCAGGUGCCGAAGACAAAAAUGAUUCGAUGAUGUUUGCAACCUCAAGACCAGAAACUGAAGUUUUUGACAUUGAUGAAGACAGCAAUGAAUCAAGCACCACAUCUUCAGCAGAGUCAAAUUCAACCGAGGAUGCCACACUUGACAUUAAUGAUGUCGACGGCAAGGACUUCCUAGAAAUGCUCACCCUAAUUGGGAUAAUAGUUGGUGCCAUUGUAGCUGUGAUCAUUGUCCUAACAAUUAUUGUUGUCAUCAUUAAGAAAAUUUCCGGUGGAUACUCGCCCUGAGCCACAUAGAUGAGCAGAGAUGACUAACUGGUGGUUCUGAAGUGAGAAUGAAGUCAUUUAUAUCAGGAUAACUGGAGUCACUCAAAUAAAAUUUGAGUCAAAUUUCAUCAACUUUAUUUUGGAGCCAGCAACUGUCUGACUCUGAGAGCUGGGUGAAAUCUGCCUUCUGCUAAAACCUUGAGUUGGGAAUACAGGGAGGGGAGAGUUGUGGGAGGAAGGGGGGAUUUAUCAUUUUAGAUCCAAUAAUAUGUAUUUUACAUGGAACCACUGAGAGUCUUGCUCAGCAAAGUACUUAAAAGUUUCCUUCAGGUAUUUUGUUCUCCAUUAUCUUUAUUCUUUCUACCCCAAUGAAAGUGGACACUUCAGGAACAGCUUGAUGCUCCAUUGAGAUUAGGGUAACGGGAUAAAUUAUUGGACAAGUAUUUGGAGCACUGAACAGCAUCUGGUUUAUGCUGUGCCCUGCAGAGAAUGUUUGAUGUUCUCACUAAAUGGGUGAGCAUUGAAAAAGAAAAGAAUACUUUCUAAAUUACAGCAGAUUGUGAUUCACAGAACUCAUUGAAUAGUAAUUAAUUCCAACAGCUUUAGUCAGUCAACUGGAGAUUCCUGUGAUCCUGUUGCUGACUGCUCUGACUGCUGUAGAACACACAGAGCAGAGAAAAUGGACCAAAUAACUUUGUCUUUAAGCA